AAAUCCCUCUCGCUAACUGCAUAUUAUGCGAUGUGAAUACAUUUACACGGACCUGGACGGUUGGUGUGUACAGCUUCUGAGCUAUCGUACCACGACAGCACGCGCAGUGCCAUUCGUACCGCGCCUAUCGCAUCACGCCGACAACACUCAACCGCGCAAACUAGCUGAUCGCUGGAAUUGCUCUUUCGCAAGUCGCCCUUGUUGACAAGCUUCAUUCCUACAAUCAUGGAUAAAGAGUCGUGCAUGUCGAAUAUGCGGAAACAGUUCGAGAACAUGAAGGCAGAAGACUUCGCUGAAGUGUGGAACAAGUACGACGCUGACGGAAAUGGAUUCAUCGAAGGCCGUGAACUGGAGAAUUUCUUCACAGAUUUCGUCAUGAGAAACAGAGAUUCCUCAGCCGCGGCAAUAUCGCCCACGAUGUUGGAGGAGAUGAUCAAACAGCACAUGUGUGCGUACGACGAGGAUGAAGAUGGUCGCAUCGGCAUGUCAGAGCUGGCUGAGAUUUUAAACCAAGAGGAGAAUUUCAAACUCAUUCUGAGAACCCAGGACGCAAAACGAUCCAGAAAAGAUUUUGAUGAGAUCUGGUGCAAGUAUGAUAGUGACCAAAACGGCUACAUUGAUUCAGCAGAACUCAAGCUGUUUCUCCGAGACUUGCUUCCCGACAGCAAAGUCUGCGAUGCCUCUUUGGAUAAAUACGCUGCUGCCCUUCUGAAAAUGCUAGACUCAAACGACGACAAAAAAUUGGAAAGGCAGGAAAUGGAAAAGUUUUUCGCCGUUACGGAUUAAUUGUAGCCAAACGACGUUUACCUUGGUUUGUAAAGUGCUCAACCAUUCCGACAUUAUCUAGGCAGCGGGGUGGCCAUGACAUACCCAUAACAGUGUGAGCACCGACUCGAGCAGCGUCUUCAGACCUAGGACCUUUCUUCUAAACAUCUUCACACUUCUUCAGAUACACAUUCUUGCGUGUACCAAUAGCCUUAGACGUAGCUCCAGUUUUUGUUUGUUCGUUUGUUUGUUUGUUUGUUUGUUUGUUUGUUUGUUUGUUUGUUUGUUUUAGUUUAAAUUUUUAAAUAUUUACGAAUUGGUUGAAAUUAGUCUUCAUUCGUACCAGAAAUGUCUUGGUCCUUCACACACCAUUUCCAAUGAAGGCAGGGAAGAAGUCUCGUACUUGUAUUGCAAAGAAAGAUUGUUUUUACAAUUUUUAAAUCUGAUGAUUGUGUAGCAGGCUAAAGUCUAGAUGAUUGAUUGUAUUUUUAAAAUAUUUUCUUGUCUUUCCCGAUCCUUUCAAUAGAUGAUGUGAAAGUAAAUAACUGUAGUAUCACCAUGAUAGAACUGCAGCUCUGUGCGAUCCAUUGGAUACGGAACUUUUCGGUUGAUGAGAGCUGCAGAGUGCGUCUAUAUUGUCUGAAAUCGUAUUGCAAUCAUGAUUUUUAAUCCUUUUGUUCACUGAAAAGCCUCCACAUUUGCUGAAAAGAAUUGCUUUCUACUGGACCAAUGAACUUAGAGUAAAUGUAUCCACAAAGACUUAAGAAUGGCAGCGUUAGCAAAUCUUUUUUUUUUAUAAAAUAAAACCAUAGCAUUUCAGACAUUAAGAAUGGUUGUACAGGGUAUAAGGGGAACAGAUGAAUUGCUUAGGUUAAAAAUGUAUUUAUGGCGUAGAAAUUGCUAAUAUCAAUUUUCAAUGCUCGAAAUGUCUGUGUUCGUUUUAACUUGCUUAGCCAAACCUAAUAAUUGUAAAUGUGUUUUGUUAUUCAGAGUAUUUUAGGUUAAGAGAAGUAUUAAGCCAAAUUGAACUGAACCGAUGGGUCCUUUCUUCCUGAAUUAGGGGAAAAGCUUGGUGUGAAUUUGAACUUAUUAAUUUGCUUUUUUCAGUCUUUGUUUAUAAUUCAUAAUUGUACAUUUCAUUUUCCCAGGAACAGGUGAAAAAAGAACAUCAUUGUCACUAAAAAGACAGCUCAAUGAGGCAUACUGCGGACCUAGUACAAAUGAUUUCCCUUUCCUUAGCUUUUCUUACUUUGGCGACUCUUUUCUACCUUGUUUAUCGACAUUUGUUUUGCAUUGAAAUUCCUUAUGUUUUGAUAUUCCUUUAGUGAAAAUUUUGCUUUCCCAUCUUAGCAGAAUUUGUUUUUAGCAGAGGCAAAAGCUUUCGCUCUGAAGCCAUUUGGAACUUGAUUACUAUUUAUGCAAUGUUUAGGGUGACUUUUUUAAUUUGCUGUCGGCAAUUGGGAUUUAUUGAUAUCAAAUUUCUUGAUAUCAAACUUGAUUGGGAUUCGCUCAUGAUAUCAGACCAGUAUUUUUAGGAUAGGAUUGUAGCCUUGUUUGUGCUGUCUCCAUGCCAAUAACUGUAGAUCUCAAUAGUAAAUGAUCUAAAUGUACUCUGCAUUCCCGAACCAGGCAUUAUUUAAAAAAAAAUGUACUGAAUAUCCUUACACAUUUUUUAUGUUUGAUAUUUAGUUGUUGUUGUUGUUUUUUUGCCUUGUUGAGUUUAUACACUCGAAUAUAUGCAUGUAUUGUCUCGUCCGUGAUUGUAGAUCGAACGCAAAAGAGCUGAAAAUUUAUCAGGAAUCGAGCAAUUUGGAAAGCCCUUCGAAAUUUGAAAUAUACGCAUGCAUAUUGUUGUCAUCCGGUGUGGAAUGACUCAAGGGGAUUUUAAUGCAAGUGCUCAAUACAGGCGUUUCA